AGGUUUGAGCGGACAGGAGACCUUGGGAACCUCCAAAAAGCCAUUGAGCACGCCGAGGAGGCAUUAGCUGCUACCCCUCAAAAUCACCCACUCCGAGCGGCCACGCACAAUAACCUGGGAUGCUUUUUCUCUUCGAGGUUUGAGCGGAUAGGAGACCUAGGAGACCUCAAAAAAGCCAUUGAGCAUGCUGAGGAGGUACUAGCUGCUACCCCCCGAG